GACGCGGCCGCUGGGUCUGUAACUUGACACCUGGUGCGCGGCGCGUUCGCCGUCGCGUUACCCGCAGAAAAGCCCAUUUAAAAAGGAAAGGGACGAGUCCAGCGCGCCUGACUCCGUAACCCCCGCAUCCAAAACGAACCCAGCUCCUCUCCGGCUGCGCGUCCCUCACGCUGGAUCGGCAUAAAUGAAUGAAACACAGAGGAAUAUCGACAGCCGGCCACGCAGGGGAAGUCUCUGUCAAACCAGCCUGCCAGAAGGAAUUUAUGUCGGGCUUGACAGACAAUUCAACAUGAGUUUUUCCCUCUGGAAGUUCAUCACACGCUUGUCAAAUGUGUAAAUCGGACUCGUGCCCCCCUUGCAAAGGAGUCACGCUGUGAUUAACGGAUCAGGUUUUUGACUGCCAGGACAAAUGAAUACAAAUGAAUUUAGGCACCCGAAGGAGAGAUUGCAGAACCUCUCACCUAGACACAAAGAGAGCCCUAUUGCUCUGUACCGUUCUAUAUUGUACUUGUUACCUGGGACUUACACAAGUACACUCUGAAGAUGUGGACAUCCUCCAGAGGUUGGGGCUUAAGGGAGAGAAACCGUCUCGCUCGUUGCCAGCAGGGGUUAUUCCAUUCAGAUCUGGGAUCAUCCUCAACCAGCGGGCACAUGUCGAGUCUCCAUGGCGCUCAGUCUUCCCAGCUGCCGUCUGGCCCAACCUGGCUCUUGUCUUGAGCGUGCGCUCACACCGUGUCAACAAUGCUUUCCUCUUCACCCUUCUCUCAAGCCGCAGAAAACUCCUACUUGGCCUGCAGCUUGUUCCAGGCAGUCUGGUCCUUCACACAGGACCAAACACCUCUGUGGCGCUGCCCUAUGAUCCUCAUGAUGGUCAGUGGCACCAGCUUGCAGUUGGAGUUAAUGGACAGAAAGUGACUCUAUAUGCCUCCUGCGGAGAGCAGAGUGUUCAUGCGGACUUUGAUGGGGGUCUGGCUCCUGAGCUCCAGGGCUCCUUCCUGCUGGGACACACGAGCCAGCAGCAAGCCUCACCACACUUUGAAGGAGCCAUCUGCCAAUUUGACCUGGUCCCUUCUGCACAGGCAGCUCACAACUUCUGCAGGUACAUUAAGAAACAGUGCAGGGAAGCGGACACAUAUAGGCCGAACCUUUCUCCGUUGCUGCCAAUUUUACCACGCGAAGCGAACAUCACAGCUGCUACCACUAAACCCGGUAGCCGAGACACGUUCAGGAAGUCCACAGGGCUGAACCUUGCCAGGGGUGUUGCUGCUGCUGCCUCCGCUGUCAGAUAUGUUGCCCCCACCCAAACAAUAAAGCCCUUUCCUGGGACCAUCGUGAUGCCCUUUUUGCCAACUGUGAUGCCGGUCACAGUCCAGCUUGGUUUAGCCUCCCCACCUCCCAAGGUCAGGACUGGAACUGUCACAGCACCACUCAGGACAAGUGUAACCCCCACAAAACAACCCACCCAACGGCCCUCCACUGCUAAAUUUAGUCCCCCAAAGCCCACUCCUCAGAACAGCUCGAAAAGAACAACCGCAGUGACAGACAAGAAAAAAACUAUUCCAGCCACUACCAGUACGAAACCCUCCAAGAUAAAGCCAGACACUGCCCUGUCAGACCAAGGUGCCGUACCAAAGAAACCACAACCCACCACAGUCAAGAAACCGCCUUCUAAGCCGAAAGCUACACCAACCAAAGCCACUCCGAUCAAAUCCAAAACACAAUCUGUCAAAGUCCUCCCUUCUAAAACCACAUCCAAAAUCAGCCCCUCAAAGUCAACAACGUCCAAACCUUCUACUCCUAAAACCUCCAGGCCAGUCUCCAGACAGGUCACCAAUCCACCAAAGCAAGCUAAGACACCCAAGGCUCCAGUAACCCCACGACCUACCAGGUCUUGGUACAACACAGUAACACCACCUGCUACUGAUGGCUUCCUGAGCUGGGAGGUGCCACCUACUCAGUUCUCUCUGCUGGCUGGACCCAUAGGACAGAAAGGAGAACAAGGCCCACUGGGACUGACAGGACCUCCAGGGAAGCCGGGCCUGCCAGGCAAGAGAGGUCCUAGGGGUGACCCUGGUCCCCACGGAAAUCCUGGCCGGCCUGGUCCCCCCGGACUCAAGGGGAGAAAAGGAGACCCUGGCAUGUCACCUGGUCCAGCACCUAAAGGAGACAAGGGGGACUUUGGGAUCAUUGGUCCGGUUGGACAGACUGGCCCAGCAGGACGAGCGGGUCAGAAAGGUUUCCCCGGUCCACCUGGCCUCCCCGGGGAGCCCGGCGAGCAAGGCCCAGUCGGAAGCCCAGGUGCCAAAGGUUAUCCUGGCAGGCAGGGUUUACCAGGGCCUGUAGGACCAGAGGGGCCUAAAGGCACUCGGGGUUUUAUUGGCAUCCCGGGGCUUUUUGGUCUGCCUGGGCCUGAUGGCGAGAGAGGCAUUCCCGGCGAACCAGGGAAGAGGGGCAAGAUGGGUAGGCCGGGGUUUCCGGGGGACUUUGGGGAGAGAGGACCACCUGGGCCAGAUGGAGAGCCAGGUGCGAUGGGAGCCCCUGGUCCAAACGGAGUUCUUGGACUUAUUGGUGAUAUAGGACCUGUGGGAGAGAUGGGCCUUCCAGGACCUAAUGGACUGAAGGGGGUGCCCGGAAAUCCAGGAGAACCAGGACUGAAAGGUGAUAAGGGUGAAAUUGGAAUUCCUGGAGACCAAGGAGAAAUCGGGUACAAAGGCGACAAGGGGAUCCAAGGAGCUCCAGGGUUAAUGGGUAUCCGUGGGAAACCAGGACCGCAGGGUAAAACUGGAGAGAAGGGCCCUGAUGGUGCACCUGGACCCCCAGGACCUGAGGGUUUCCCUGGCGACAUGGGCCCACCGGGGGAGAACGGCCUUGAAGGACCAAAGGGAAAACCAGGGGUCAGAGGUUUACCAGGGCCAAGAGGGGUGCCUGGCUUGGAGGGAGAUGAGGGCCCGCUUGGCCCAGCAGGCCCAACAGGACUCGAGGGUAGAAUGGGAAGGAAAGGUUUCCCUGGGAAGGUUGGGCCAGAGGGAGUCACGGGGGAACUUGGUGUCGCAGGAAAAGUUGGGCCCAUGGGAGAAAGAGGCUUGGUGGGUUUCAUCGGACCAGUGGGAGAGGCUGGACUGGCAGGAGAGAAGGGGGAUAGAGGAGAGAUGGGCCUUCCCGGGCCUCCUGGAGAAAAGGGAUCUACGGGUCACCCAGGGACACCAGGCGAGACCGGGCCUACUGGGCCAACAGGAAGACCAGGCCCCUCUGGAGCAUCGGGGCCAGCCGGCACCAGGGGACCCAAAGGCCUGCGGGGAGCGAGGGGGCCUGACGGUCCAACAGGAGAGAUGGGGUUAGAGGGCAAGAAGGGUCUCGAUGGUCCUCCAGGAAAAAUAGGUUUCCCUGGUCCACAGGGAAAGAUCGGCGAUGCGGGCGAAACUGGACCUAAAGGUUUUGUUGGCGUUCCAGGACCUUCGGGACCCCCAGGGGACAAGGGAAUAGCAGGCGUACCGGGACCAACUGGGGCACCAGGAACUGUGGGACUGUUGGGAGAGAUUGGUCAAAUGGGGCCUCCAGGCAAAGUGGGGGAACCAGGACUACCAGGGGAACCUGGAGAGAAGGGAGCCCUUGGACCUGCUGGAAACAUCGGAGAGCAGGGACUAAUAGGACAGAGGGGAGAGCCAGGCUUAGAGGGAGAGGCUGGUCCAGCUGGUCCAGAUGGAACAAAGGGUGAUAAAGGCGAUUUGGGUCAGGAGGGUGAAAAAGGAGAAAAAGGUGAACUUGGACUAAAGGGAAAAGAGGGCCAACUUGGAAGUCCGGGGCUCACUGGCGUCAGAGGUCCAGAAGGGAAACCUGGUAAAAUCGGGGAAAGAGGAAAACUAGGGCCAAAGGGUGCCAAAGGCCAUCAAGGUCACCUUGGAGAGACCGGAACGGUUGGGAAGACAGGGCCACCAGGCUUUGUUGGUCCAAAGGGGUCCAGAGGAACUAUUGGACACGUGGGGGCUCCAGGGCGAAUGGGUCAACAAGGGGAACCUGGUCUGUCAGGUUAUGAGGGUCAUCAGGGUCCACAGGGCCCCAUUGGGCCUCCAGGACCAAAAGGUGAAAAGGGUGAACAGGGGGACGAUGGGAAAGUAGAAGGGCCUCCUGGUCGUCUAGGUGACAUUGGUCCUCCAGGUGACAGAGGGGAGAGAGGGGAACCAGGAGAUCCAGGCUAUAAAGGCCAAGUUGGUCUGGACGGAGAGAGAGGUAGACCUGGAGCUCCUGGACUACCCGGAGAGCCCGGACCUCGAGGGCAACAGGGACCAAAAGGGGCCAAAGGAGAUCAAGGUCAAAAAGGCAAAAAAGGUCACACAGGACAAAAAGGAACCAGAGGCUCAGAGGGUGGUGGUGGCGCUUCUGGUCCCAGAGGUGUGGUAGGCCGGGAGGGACAGGAGGGUGUUCCUGGCAUGGAUGGUGUGCCAGGGAAGGAUGGCAGCAAAGGCAUGCCGGGAGAGCAUGGUGACGAUGGAGAGGCUGGACUACAUGGCAAAUCUGGCUCUCGUGGGAAAACCGGAGCUCCAGGACUCCCAGGAGAUCAGGGAGGCAUUGGACCAAAGGGAGAGCGGGGUCUUCCAGGUCAAAGUGGAGCUGCUGGAAAGAAAGGCUUCAGAGGAGGAAUGGGGAUGCCAGGGUCACAGGGAGACCGAGGACCCAAAGGACAGCCUGGUGACAUAGGGGAACCAGGUUUUCCAGGGAUUCUGGGAGUAUUUGGACCUAAGGGCCCUCCAGGAGACUUUGGGCCAAAGGGCAUUCGGGGACCAAAGGGGCCACAGGGCACGAUGGGCAGAGGAGGAGUAACUGGCCCUGUGGGAAUUAUUGGCCCCAGUGGAAGUGCAGGUCCUAGAGGAGAGAAGGGCAAUCGUGGAGAGACUGGAUUACAAGGACCAAGGGGAUCCCCUGGACCUCGUGGACCCCCUGGACCUCCGGGUCCCCCGAGUAUCCCUUCAAAAUUUAAAGAAGAUGGUCUUAUAUUUGUGGAAUCACACACCUCACUCAGGACUGAGAAUAAGCCAGUAAUGGACCUGCCGAUGCUGGACCAGGGUGCAGAGAUCUUUAAAACCCUCCACUACCUCAGUAACCUGAUCCAGAGCCUGAAGAACCCUCUGGGCACACAGGACAACCCUGCCCGCAUCUGCAGGGACCUGCACAGCUGUGAACAGAAGCUAAAUGAUGGCACUUACUGGAUUGACCCCAACCUGGGCUGCUCAUCAGACCCAAUAGAAGUCUCUUGCAACUUUACUGGAGGUGGACAGACUUGCCUGAAACCAAUAACAGUGUCCAAGCCAACAGUCAGCGUCGGCCAUGUCCAGAUGAACUUUCUGCAUCUGCUGAGCUCAGAGGCCGUGCAGCACAUCAUCAUUCACUGCCUGAACGUCACGGUUUGGAGGCCGACUGAGCAUCGGCCGGCUGACCAAGGGUCUGUGAGAUUCAAAGCCUGGAGUGGGGAUGUUUUCGAAGUGGGAGGAGAACUCGAGCCAGAGGUCACAGAGGACUCCUGCUGGGUAAAAGAUGGCCGCUGGCACCAAACUCAUUUUGUGUUCCACUCAUUCGACCCCACCCUUCUCCCUGUGGUCGACAUCUACAACCUCCCGAACACCACACCUGGCUCGCAUUACCAUCUAGAAGUAGGUCCUGUGUGCUUCCUGUGAGGACUGCAGUGUGCGGGUCCUCUGGGCAUAGAGAGAUGAAUCAUCACCCCUGGAGGAAAGCUUCAUGCAGGCGUGGAUGAGAAGCAGUCUGCUCCAAUCCAAGCAGAUACACUCUCCAAGUGAGCACAAGGGCCCCCGAACCUCCAAACAGAUCCCGCUUCACUCUGCCAAACCCCCAGUAGACUGCAGACACAGAGGAAGGAAGCAAGGGCUGGGGGAACAAUGAAGAGCUGAGGAGGAGCACGGGGAGUCCCUGCACUAAUAGCUUCUCAGUCAGGCGAAAGCUUCUUUAAGCUCUUCGAGGAUCUCCACGCGUUCACCUGCUUGGUGAAAAAUGGCUCAGGGCCACAAAAUCUCUCUGGAACAUUGCUGAGUAAAGGGAGACCAAGGCCAAGUCAGUCAGCGAACACUAUAGUAACUUAUUUUUGUAACUGUAUACUGUAACUGUAUACUAUUUGUACUUUUUGGAAAUAACAGGAAUACAAUAAUGUAAUAAGAGAAGAAUUGAAGUAAUUGGGAUCACCUAAAUGUACAUAUAUACGUAUUCUUAUUAUUAACUUUUAUACAUGUAUAUCUUAUGUAAAAAAUAAUCUUCAAGUGCAAUAGAAAAUGAGAAGAUAAUUGGACGUCUACGGAAGGACUUUUCAGGGGUGCCAUUUUGAUUUGUCUCUGGUAUUCAUCUCCUUGUGUUCUUGCCCAUGUGAAUCUUUCCAGAGGCAGGUCUAUUCAGCCACAGAAAUCAAAUCUGUAUUUGAAUUGAUAGAUAAAGCUCAUGGCUUCCACUUUUUUUUCUAAUGUGGACAAUUAUCCAUUUCAUGUUGAAUUAUGACUAAAAAGCCACAAACUAAUGCACAAAAAAGAGUCAAUGCAUAUAAUACUUUUUUCUAUACUUAUUUCUCAUGCGUUAUUGAACCAGAUGCCACUGAUUGUAAAUGUGGAUGUGGAGGUUAGAGGUCAAAUGACAUAAAUAAGGAAGGAGUACGGAGCUCAAGUUCUUAGUAGUGUUAAUUAAUUAAUUUUACUGCAACUGUGGAGUUUAAAAUCAGGCGUGAUUUGCUUACCUAAAUACUAACUAAAAAACUAGGAGGGUAGAUGUUAUAUAUAAACAGCACAUCAUGAGAUGGUGUCAGGUGUCUCCUCUUCUACCCUUCUGGCAGAAAGUAGACAGUCUAGGGGUACAAGUAACUCUUGGAGGAGGUCUGAGCCACAGAAGAGACGGGAGUGGGUCCAGUAAUGAAAAUCAAACCCCCAUCUUUAAUCCCAGCCUUUUGUUAAUGCAUGGUGCUCAGUGAAUUGUCUAAGGUGCUAAGUAUAGUGCUGUAAUUACACCACUUUGCUCAACUAUUCUGAAGUUUAUAGUGCAUGCUUGUUUAGUUUAAUUAUUAAAAUUUGCCUAAAAUUCAUAGUCAUGGCUUCCAUAAUGCACUACAGCAAUACUUUUCCAUCCAGAAAUAUAUAGUUUAGCCAUCUGCCCUUUAAAGUUGUCUUUAGUCCCAGGCAAAAUAUCCUAGAGAUAACUUCAAAUACUGAAAACAACAUUGUUUGUUUCGUUUCCAGUAUAAAUCACAGAUAUUGUAUUUAGUAUUUCUAAGAAUAAAAUCUUAAUUUUCUCUGUACAAAGCCCCCUACAGCUGUGAUGUGAUGCUGAUGUAAUAAUUCUAGUAUUAAAACUAGUGGAAAUAGUGUUAAUUAAAUAAAGGUUUCUUUUUGUAGCUAGACACAAGUGUGUAUAAUUGUGCAAACCUUGCUGUAUACAGUGGAUCCCCUCUUUCUAAUUUAAUGUUAUUUAAUGUUUUAACAUGCUUACCAACUGAGCAAUAGUCUAUUGACUGAAGCAAUACUACUCUUUCUGACAUCUUUAUAUCAGUUUGCCCAACUGGUCUUGGAGAUAUUUUAUGUGUAAAUUUGGGGCUCCAGAGGACAAAUUUAUUGCAAUGUUAAUUAUCUUUUAUUUUUUUAAUUUUUGUUACUUUAGUUUCUGAAGUAUUUCCUUUGAUAAUCAACCAUGUACUGUACCAGGACUCUGUGCUAUACUAUAAUUUGUGUUUUACGGAAUUAUGCAAGUAUGUGAAAAUUGUUUCCUUUUUGUAAAUCUGUUAUAGACAUUAAAAGCUAAGAAUACCUCACAUUCUAGUCAACACAGAGAAAGGGUUAUCUCUUGCCUUUUCAGUUAAACACAGUAAAAUACAGUACGUCAUCAAACUCUGAACAAGACCAUUUCUGGUGCUUACAUUCUUUAUCUGUCUAUUCUUUAAUCAUUGUUCAGUGUCCAUUCGUUCAAUAAAUACUUUCAAUUCC